GCUAUUUUUUUUGCGGCUAUAUUUGAUCUUGAUCUAGCUCCCUUGACUAUAUAACUACUAGCUUCUCCCCUCCCUUCUGAUCAUUAGUCACUUAGUUCUAUUCCUUCGCUACAAUGGUUAAGUUACUUUCCCUCGCUGCUGCUGCUACUCUCCUCACCGCCACCUCUGCCGUCGAUGUCGCCUGUGUCGUCAACGGUGUGAGUGUUGCUACCGUCGACUUGGAAACUGGUACUUGUCCAUUCCCAAUCCCAGCUGACUUGCCAGUCACCUUCGACUUCAGCUCGGCCGAUGACUUCAAGGUCGACUUCUACUACGCCCUUGCCAACAACAACCGUUUCUACAACGACAUCGUCGCUGCUGGCAGAAUUAUCGAAAUCGCAGCCAUCGACUUGUACCAACAAGCUGCUGCUCAAUUGUUCGGUGUCCACCUCGAACAACGUCCAUCCGGUAACUCUACUGCUGCCAUCAGAAAGAGAUUGUUGGGUAAGUCCAAGUUGGCUUCCAGAGACGAAAUUUCUGACUUCGUUGACCACUUGAAGACCCUCGAUGGUGCUGCCAUCCCAGGUACUCCUAUUGAGUUCGCUGUUGUCGACCCAGUCAACGCCACCUCCUCCUCAUCUGUGCCAGCUGUCACUUCCACUGCUUCCCGUUCUGCCACCGGCUCCGCCUCUGGCUCUGCUACUAUCACUGGCUCUGCCUCUGGUACCCUCACUGUCACUGACAAGCACACCACUGUCGUGACCAUCACCUCUUGUUCCGACAACAAGUGCCACGAAACCACCGUCGCUGCCACCCCAGCUGUCACCACCCAAACCGUUGACGGUAAGACCACCGUCUACACCACCUACUGCCCAGUUGAAACCACCAAGGCUGCUGAAAUCACCUCUACCUACACCUCUGCUGGUACUGUCUACACCACCGUGUGCCCAGCCACCGAAGUCGUUUCCACCUACACCUCUAACGGUAAGCCAUACACCACCACCUACCUCACUGCCGUGACUCCAGUCACCAAGACCCAAGAAGUCGUCUCUGUCUGGACUUCCGCCGGUAAGCCAUACACCACCACCUACUACACCACUGCCACUGAAGUCCCAGUCACCUCUGUCUGGACUUCCGCCGGUAAGCCAUACACCACUGUCUACUACGGUACCGUCAGCGAUGUUGCUCAACAAACCCAAAAGACCGUUGUCGCUGCUCCAUCUGCCGCUGCUCCAUCCCCAGUCAUCAGUGUCUACUCCACCAACGCCGCCGCUGCCGCUGCUGGUUCUUUCUUGAUGUUCGCCAUGGUCCCAUUGGCUUACUUGAUCUAAGUGCAUCUCAACAUUCCAAACGGUGCUUCACCAUUCUUCAUUUCGUGCAAAUCGCAGCACAUAUCGAUUCUAAUCCACUGCUUGCCAGUCACAGCAGACUCCCUUGUUCAAUAGCUGCGGAUAAUUCUUUCUGCUUUCGCCUAUCAUCCUUUGAUACUGUAUUAUUUGGUUUUACUGACCCAUUCGUUCAAUACCCUCGUUCAAUUUCUAAUACACGAGUUUUACUCCUUUUCGCACCCGUAACCGUACCACGGCUGUAGGCUGGUCCAACCGUCUUAGGAUCCGUGGUC